CUCGCACUGUCAAUAGAGAUUUGCAUUGACGACCUGCGACCUUUGAUCACUCGAACAUAAUGCGUUCGGCAUUCUGUGCAGUUUUAUUGUUCUUGUACCCCCUUUUGAACAAGAUGGCGUCUCGGUGAUAUUUCGAUCUCCAAACUUUGUGGACAUAUUGCUAAAAGAGCUGGGAUAUUCUGCCCCACCAUGUCUUGAAAGCUGUAACCAGUCAAAUUGUGUAAUCGAAUUUCACAAAGGCCUAGUUUUUGCCAGUCAGCUGAGCUUUAAUAGAGGUGCGAUAAAGUGCUACUCGGACGUUCAUGUACUCUUGGAACUACGAUCCAAACUACGUCACUGUUACUAUGGGUACUAAUCAAGAGAACACGAAGAAACACAAGGUUCAACUCCCGUCCAAGUACGACCAGGUGGUGUUUACGCCCUCAGAGGAGGAGGACCAGGAGGCGGUGGAGCUGGCGUACGCUCUCAGCCUCCCCCGCCGUGACUCCGAGGAGGGGAGCGUCGACCUGCGUAACACCACGCACUCCCUCAAGCGCCACCUCCGGAUCGUGUGGUGCAAGAAGGCGGCGGUCGGCAUCGCGGUGGCGCUCUUUCUUGCUGCUGCAGUCACCAUAGCUUUGGUUUUAGUUUUUGGGAAAAAGAUGUCAACGCAAGCAUCUGGUGUGAACGCGACAAUCUCCACAACAAAAAUUUAUGAAGAGUGCGCGCCGAACCAGUUCAACUGCUCGCCAGGCGACUGCAUACCCAACAGGUGGCGCUGUGACGGUAUCGUGGACUGCUUAAACGAGGCAGACGAACGGAAUUGCGAUAACUACACAGCAACCCCGUGCCGUUCAUGCAAAGCCUGGAGGGAUGAAUUUCAAACCCACUGUCCCCCGUCGGUUUGUCCUUUCUAUCCGAGCUGCACAUCGACUGGUCACUGGGAACCUGUGCAAUGCACACUGAACAACGCCAGCUGCUGGUGCGUGGACUGGAACACGGGUGCUACCAUGCCAGGGAGCUUGGUUGAAGAUGUGGUGAAGGAUGGCCGGCCGUUCUGUGAAAUGAAGCCAACACAGCAAAACAAUCAAAGGGACAAUAGAAGAUCAGCACCAUAAACCUUCGCUCGUCGCCCAGCGCCCGAACAAGGCGCUGCAGGGGAGAGCUGAUGGCCUAGUACAGAUUUUAGUGAAGGAAAUACGUCACACAGGGUUACAGCUAACGACGCACGGAGCAUUGUGGGUACAUUUCUGCCAGACGCGGGAACUCGCUCAGUGCCGCGUUACACAAGCGGCGGUUAUCAGUUUGAUUUUUUCUUCCUCAUUGCUGAAAAUAUUCUCACUUAUUCGUUCAUCCAAAAUUGAUCAAGAUAACCAAUGAUUUGAAAUAUGUCGCCCAAAGAUACGUGACUAGCGCUACUUAGUGAGAUUGAGAAUAUAAAUUACGAUACCGUGAUUGGCCAAGGCCAUGUUCUAUUAUUGCCGAAACUUUGCCCGCGUUAAAAAAUUGAACAUAAACCCAUCAUAGCGCCCUCUAGCUAUUUCACUCGCAUCUCCUUGCCGAAAGCUUAGGGAUGCACCCCACCAAAUCUUUGGAUUUCUGCGCGAGUGCUCAUUAGAAUUUUGUGAUCCCACAGGGUUUUUGCAAUAAGACAUGCCAUAAUCAGGAGGGAUUAUAGAGAUAUUUCGAUAAAUCACGAUUUGGGGACUGGUAGUUUCCAAUUUGGGCGAUUUCUUUUACAAAAAGCCCAAACCAGUGGGCCUAUUUUGCAUAGAGGCAGGCGGCUACAUUCAGAGCUGAGCGCAUGGUUUUACGCCUAUUUCAGGGACAUCUUCGGGGAAAGGUGAAUAAAAAAAAUCGCCUAGCUAACCCCGAUAAAAUUGAAA